AUGCAAAUCUUUGCGAAGUUGACUGCCAUAUUUCCCACGUCAGGUCGUCUCGAAAGUUUCCAUAUAGCGUGUCAAGUCCUCAAGCUUGACUCUACUGUCAUCGUUGCUGGACGAUUUCUCAAUACCACCAACGAACAGACGCGUUUAACGAAAGAACAAGUGUAUCUAGCGCUUCUCCAUGCAUUGCGGACACACGCUGCGCUUUCCGCGAGGGUCAUACCAACCAUACGAAAAGUUACGAGGGGGACUUCGAAAGCGAUAUACGCAUUCGAGAGAUUGGAGAUCCUCGAUUUGGAAGGUGCUGUUCGUUUCUUAGACGAAAAGGAAGAGGAAGAGAAUCUCGCAAAGAUCAUGCAAGACGAGUUCACGCGUCCUCACCGUUCGGAUGGUGGUCCCAACACACCAUUAUGGCUGCUAACCGUCAUUUCACGGAAUACCGUCCUUUUUGCAUGGCAUCACUGUAUUGGAGAUGGACAGAGCGGUAUCGCGUUCCUUCGUACUUUCCUCCAGGGACUCAACUCGUCUGAAGAUGUUCCCGCUGAUUUCGAUUGGAGAGCCGUGAAGACACCAAACACACUCGAGCUUUUACCAACACUCGAGACGCUUACGGACCUCUCUGUCUCAUUACGUACCCUUAUUCCCAACAUUGCAAAGCUCUUCAUUCCUGCCUCUUGGACAAGCGCACGACGCACAUGGACCGGCGCACCUGUCUCAUCUGCACCUUGGCCUUUCCACACACGUGCACGUAUUCUAUCUAUCCCUCCGGAAAACAGCGCACGCAUGCUGGCUGCUGCAAGGGAACACGGAACGACGCUUACUGCGGUGCUUUACCUGCUUUCCACUGAGGUACUCGCAAGACUAGUUUCGUCUGACAAGCAAAACAGGAAGUACGACCGUCUCGAAUGCAGUAUUGCCAUCUCGCUCCGUCCACUUGCAAAUCAACCGCUUACUGCGAUGGGAGACUUCGUCUCUGUGUAUCACGCGUCAGAGCGUCUUUCCUCUUUCCCUUCCCCUUACCCUUCCAGCAAAUCCACUUCGAAAGGAAAAAAGGACGUAGACGCAGACUUUAACUUUGACUGGCAACGAGCGACAUCGUUCUCCAAGGACCUACAUGCCUCGGUCCCGAAAACACGCGAAACUGUUGGUUCAUUGAAAUACCUCUUCGGGAACUACAAAGGUUACUUCAAAAGCAAACUCGGGAAGAAACGCGAAGGAAGCCUAGUGCUUUCUAACGUUGGCGCAUUCAAAACAAAUUCAAUCUCGGGUGGCAAAGCUCAGGCAGGGUGGACGAUCACGGAGGCGUAUUUCGCACAGGAUGACUGUGCAGUCGGACCAGCAGUUAAGAUCAACGUGAUAGGAUCUCCGUCCGGCGGUGUUAACAUUUCCGUUACCUGGGGAGAAGGUGUCGUUGAGGAUGAGUUUGGGGACGUGUUCGUACGCGAGUUUGGCAAUGCGAUCAAGAAUUUUAAUUCCUUAUUGGCGAGUACAGAUAUGAAAUCUCCUUGA